CCCGACAGAUGCUAGACCCGUCUAUACAAUGUUGCGUUUACAGAAAAUUGGUCUAUAUAGCUACUGUGCUUACAUUUUACUUUAAGUUUAUGUGGAAUGCUGUUGUUCAUGUUUUAACAUUUUGUAAAUAUAAAUUGUGCUCCGUUUUAGGAAACAUUAAAACCAGCCAAUGUAAUAGAACAUUGCAAAGAGCUUAGAAAUGAAAAUGUGUCUUUUAGUGAGGUUUAAUUAUUGUAGGUACACUUCGAUCUUGCUGUCGGUUAACUCUGUAUUUGGCACUUGAGAGAUUCUUUACACAAAUGGAAUUAAAGGCACGUCAAAAUAGAUAAUUCAAACAACAAUGUUGCUAUGUUUUGUCACACAACACAUGCCUCCAAGUGUCAAAUGAACUGUGAUAGCUGCGAUGGAUUGCAGAGAUGACCAACAAGUAGAACGAUAGAGAAGAAAAUUGUGAUAUUGCACCGAAUAAAGAGGGACUUAUUUAAUUGUGUCAAAGUUUAUCGGAAAAUAAUCAGGGAUAAUCAUGAUGUCAUCGUCGGGACAGAGUAGUCGAAGUAGUCGGGCUGUACAAAUUAGUUCAAUUUUCCAAAAGUUGCAAGGUCGAUUUACGGACGCAAUGACACCACCGAAACUGUCGACGGACAAACGCAUGCUAGACAAGACUUGGAAAUUAAUGGACAAAGUCGUUAAGCUGUGUCAACAUCAGAGGAUGAAUUUGAAGAACUCUCCGCCAUUCAUCCUCGAUAUACUCCCCGACACUUAUCAACGACUGAGGUUGAUUUACAGUAAAUAUGAGGAUCGCAUGCAUAUGCUGCAUAAUAAUGAACAUUUUUGUGUUUUCAUAAACAAUCUGAUGCGAAAGUGUAAGCAGGCAAUCAAACUUUUUAAGGAGGGCAAGGAGAAAAUGUUUGACGAGACUUCACAUUAUCGUAGGAAUCUCACGAAACUGAGUCUCGUCUUCAGCCACAUGCUCUCGGAGCUUAAAGCAAUUUUUCCGAAUGGUAUUUUUGCUGGUGAUCAAUUUCGCAUAACGAAGUCGGAUGCUGCAGAAUUUUGGAAGGAACGUUUUGGUAACAGUACAUUGGUUCCAUGGAAAAUAUUUAGACAUGAAUUAAAUCAAGUUCAUCCAAUUAGUUCUGGCCUACAAGCCAUGGCUUUGAAAUCUACAAUAGAUCUUACCUGUAACGGAUACAUUUCUAAUUUUGAAUUCGACGUUUUUACCAGAUUAUUCCAACCGUGGUCAACAUUAUUGCGAAAUUGGAAAAUCUUGGCAGUAACACAUCCUGGUUAUGUUGCGUUUCUUACUUAUGACGAGGUAAAAGCAAGACUACAGAAGUAUUGUAUUACGAAACCGGGAAGUUAUGUUUUCCGAUUGAGUUGUACGAGGUUAGGGCAAUGGGCAAUUGGUUACGUUACAUCCGAUGGCGAUAUUCUUCAAACAAUACCACACAACAAAAGUCUGUGCCAAGCGCUGCUCGAUGGGUAUCGAGAAGGAUUUUAUUUAUAUCCAGAUGGUCGAAACAUAAAUCCAGACUUAACAUGGGCUGUCCAACCUACCCCAGAGGAACACAUUAAAGUGACGGCCGAACAAUAUGAGCUCUACUGUGAAAUGGGCAGUACGUUCCAGUUGUGUAAAAUUUGUGCCGAGCAUGACAAGGACGUUAGAAUAGAACCUUGUGGUCAUUUACUCUGCACACCGUGUCUUACAGCUUGGCAGGUAGAUUCGGAGGGUCAAGGAUGUCCAUUCUGCCGAGCAGAAAUCAAGGGCACGGAACAAAUAGUAGUAGAUCCUUUCGAUCCCCGAAGAACUCACAGGUCCGGGACUCAUUCAGCGACAACAAGCAAUGCAUCAACGCCCACGAGAGAUCUCGAUCCCGACACCGAGGUAUCCGAGUAGAACUGUUUUUAUCUCUCCUGUUUUUAUCAAAUGUGCCCUUAGUAUAACGAAGUACCAGUUUAUGUCUCAGUUUCAAUAGCACCACUCGUUUUAUCUUUGUCAGUCCACUAUACAACUAAAACGACAUAUUAAUCAUUUCGCAGCCAUAGAAACAUCAUUUUUAUUAUCCUAUUCUAUUCUAAUUAUUAAUAAUUAUUUCAUCGAAAUGUUUACAUAUCAAUUCGCGAUUCCAAAAUCGAAUGGCUCUCCAACUAAGUUUUUUUUUUUUCUUUUUUGGGUAUUCAAAAUAGUGGCUUUAUUUCUUAGUGUAAUAAUGAUUGGUGAUUAUACUCUUAUUUUUUAUUACCUACUUCCAAAAUAUAUAUCGUUAAUAUUUCAA